AUGACCUCUUCCAGCUGGGGUCGCCAGUUGGCACUGCUCGCCCUACUCUAUGUCAUCGUGCUCACUACGAUCACGGCUGCCCUUCCUUCGCAAUGCAUUCCAAGCGCAGGCGCCAUCCGCCAUACCAUUGUCCAAGGCGAGGAGUAUUCGCCCUGGAUGAUGGUUGAUGUGGAUGGUGACGGUGAUAACGAUGUUGUUGCUUCCGCAGGCGGCGAGCUGGUGUGGCUGGAAAACCGUGGUGGCGCAAUUGACCUGCUCAGUCCAGUUUCCAUCGUCCCGUUUGGACUCGUCACCGGGUAUCGCGAAGUCUUUGACGUCGACGUCGAUCGCGAUGGCGUCAUUGACUUUGUCUUCCGCGCAUUGCCCAGCUACGCCGCCUGGGUCCGUAACACAGGCGGUGGCUCUUUCGACUCGCCGGUCGCUAUCAUGCUCGAGAGUACAUUCAGCACCAUCGCCGUCGGCAACGCAGAUGGUGACGGUUGGGUUGACGUCCUCUUGUGCGAGCGUGUCUCCGUCCGCCUUGCCUUUAACAACAACGGCUCGUUCGAGACGACCGGGGAGACCCUCAUCAGCUCCCUUCAGCAGAUUCAGGCGGGAGCGAUUGGCGACCUCGACGGCGACAGCCUCGGAGACAUCAUUCUUGGCUAUAACACCAGGAAUGACGUCCACUGGUAUCGCAACAUUGACGGCCGCUCGUUCGAGGGUUCUCUGCGAAUCAUUGCAUCCAUGGGCUUUGGCAGUUCCAUUCCCGUACUCGCCGAUCUCGACAACGAUGGUGAUAUGGACGUCCUGUCUUGGUGGAUCAACUCUGGCACCGGCUCCUUUAGCGGGGAGCAAGUGUUUGCUGCCACCUCGACCAAGGCGCAAAAGCCGCUCGUUGCCGAUCUCGACAACAACGGCGCCAAAGACGUCGCCGUCGCCGAUGGUAGCUACGUCUCUCUCGUCAUCGCAUCUGCACCCGGUGUCUUUGCCCCAUCAGUCACGGCCAAUGUCGAUGUCGAGAACGCGUAUUGCUUUGGUGACAUCGACGGUGACAACGUACUCGAAAUAGCUUCAAAGGUCGAUAGUGCACCGCCGCCCCUGGCCUUUUGGCGCUGGGACGGCACCCCGGCCAACUGGAUUCCAAUUACGCAGCAGAUCGUCGACACUACUAACUCCCGCUCGAUGGCCAUCGGGGACUUUGAUCUUGAUGGCGAUGUCGACCUCGUGGUCAUGGCUGUUGACUCUGGCACCGUCCCCUCUCCGCUGUGGUGGCUAGAGAACGAUGGACGUGGCGAGUACAUCUCGCGCAGCAUGAUUGUCGCCACGGCCGAAAAGCCGCGCUCCGUCGACGUCGCAGAUGUCAACGCAGAUGGCGCCGAUGAUCUCAUUGUCUACAUGGACGGCAUCAUUGGCGCCAUGCUCAACAACGGUUCUGGUCACUUUGGCCCGCUCCUGCCUGCUGUCACCAUUUCCGUCGCCAACGACCUCCAGGCCUGGGCCCGUCUUGACAUGGACGGUGAUGGCAUGCCCGACAUCGUCGUUGUACCUGACGUCCACGCCCCGUGGUUGUGGGCCCGGUGGAACGACACUGGCUAUGGACCUGCGCUCGCCUUUCCACACUCGACCCUGCAGGACUCGGCCGUCCGAAUGACUGCCGCCGACAUGGACGGCGACGGCCGGACUGACCUCCUCUCGUGGUAUGUUUUCGGCACUCAAAUUGAGUGGUACUCAGUUGCAGCCAACAACGGCACCUUGAGCUCGCCGGUCGUUAUCCCCAUCGCUGCUGGUGUUGGUGUCCACGUCGCUGCGGCCGACUUUGAUCUCGAUGGGCACAUCGACCUUGCUGUCGACACUGGCAGCAAGUUACUCGUCAUCCUCCUCUCCACCGGGGAUGGCGGCCUCUCAUUCCAUUUGCCCCAGGCUGUUGCCAGAUGGACAUCCACAUCUGUCAACGAUUUUGUCGCCACAGACGCUGACGGCGACGGCUUCCUCGAUCUUGUCUUUUCGGCCUCCAGCAGAGCCCACAUCGUGUUUGGCGCUGCCCGCGUCGAUGAAAUGAUUCAAGCCGUCUGGUCUAACUCUGCCUGGGCCGCCAUAGCAGUCGCCGAUAUUGACGGCAACGGCGCGCGCGACAUUGUGGCCCUACAAGAUCGCGUCGGUCUGGUGUGGUUUGAAAACUCCGGACCAGCCUUACGCGCCAUGCCCGCAACCCGCGCCACCGACACCACCUUUAUCGACUCUGGAACUACAAGCCUCGGCAAGCCAAGCGAUUUUGCGCUCGCUGAUGUUGAUGCCGAUGGCGACCUCGACUACAUUGGUACCUACAGUUCUUUUGACACCAUUGUCUGGUUUGAGAACGUUAACGACGCAAGCGGACUCUGGCUCAUCCACAGCAUGGCUGUCAACUUGGACUGCCUCUCGCUGGUUGUGCGCGACUUUGACAACGACGGCGACCUCGACGCCGUCGCUGCUGACUUGCUCGCUCCGGCACUUGUUCUGCUUCGCAACGACGAUGGUGUUGGUGGCUCAUGGUCUACCAUCACCGUUGUGGACGGCUUCGCCUCUGCUGACCUCACGGCGAUCGACGCCAAUAGCAACGGUCUGCCGGACUUGCUCGCUGUUAGCUCAGUACAGGACUCGGCUCGGAUCUGGUUCAACAACGGCGACGGCUCCUUCACCGCUGGCAUCGAGGUCUCGGCUUCGUUCCGCUUGGCUCGCGUAGCGGUCGGUGACGUUGAUGAUGACGGCGUGCUCGACUUUGUCAUCAGUGCAAGCACAGGCGCGUACUUUACCCUCUUCCUCAAUGUCAACGCUACUUUUGCCAAGCAGACCGUGGCCAUGGAUCAUGUCGGCAAGGAAAUCAAGCUUGCUGACAUGGACCUUGAUGGACAUGUUGACAUCAUUGUCCUUCGCAGUUCCGCUGCACCUAGCGUGCUUCUCUUUCCCAACAUUGAUGGGAGUGGUGCUCUGGACCCAGACUUGGUCAUUCUGGUUGCCACUUCGGACGGGAUCUUCUUUGUCGAAAACAAGGCGGGUGUCUUUGUUCGUCGCAUGCCCAUCCUUAGCCCAUCGGGCGUGUCAGAUGCCACUCUUCAACUCGGCGACAUCGACGGAAAUGGCGCUGUCGAGGUCGUCUUCAGCCACGACCUUGAUCCAGGCGUGUACUCGUGCAUGCGCGACACGCACAUCCCCAUCACUCGCCCUAUCCAUAUCCGUGCCCGCAUUCCGGGCACGGUCACCUUUGACUGUGACGGCGGUGUCCUCUUCCGCGUCCGACCUCAUCCAUCGCCCCUAGUUGAUAGUGUCGGCGAGCUGACGCUUGAAGGCAUCCACAUCAAGGGCACAGGCAUUGCUGCCAAUUCGCUGCACGGUGCCACCGGCCUCCGCGUCGAGGGCCGCGGUGCCGUCCUCACGCUUGUCAACUGCUCCAUCGUGGCUGCCGCCGCCGUGCAUCCUCCGCUCUCCGUCGCAAUGGUCGACGUUGGGUUUGGCGGCGCCGUCGCCGUCCUCGGUGGUGCUCAGCUCUUUGCCGUUGACACUACCUUCUCCGCCUCUUCUGCCGUUUCUGCCGGUGGUGCCAUUGCUGCCCGUGGGGUAGGCACGGUCGUCACACUCUCGCACUGCGUCGUCUCGGGCAACGUUGCGCCACGCGGCGGUGGCGUCGUCGUCCUUUCGGGCGCUCGCGCUGUCCUCGACAACUCGAGUGUCGUGACAGGUAACACUGCCGUUGACGCGGGGUCUGGCAACGGCGGUGGUCUGUACAUCGACAGCUCGUCUGAGCUUGCAGCGAUCCAUGCCACCAUCUCAGACAACGUCGCCGCGGGCAUCGGACUCGGCGGUGGCCUCAUGGUCGAGGCCGGAGGCGUUGUAUCCCUCGCCAAACCACUGCUGUGCGGUAACAGCGCUGGCGUGGGUGGUGGCGCCAUUGCAGUGCUGGCCAGCAACCUUGUCAGCCGGUUCGGCCUCGGCCUCGCAUCUACCUCGCUACCACAGGCUGUCGGCGACGAUGCGGCGCAAGUAGGGUCGUCCACGAGUCCCACGGUCUCCAUCAUCGACGGGCUCGUUCGUGGCAACAUCGCGUCGCGCUUUGGUGGCGGGCUACUGGUGUGCGGGGUGAGAGUGGCUGUGGCUGGCGACACGGGCCUGGGGUGGUCCACCAAUUAUGUCCGCGAGCAGGAUGAUCGUGCAGCGCAGGAUGUGUUCAUGUGCGCCGCCGCCGGCUUUGAUCCUGCCGGCUGGGCCAGCGAUGUGGCCCGCGUGCCGUGGCUCUCUGUCGCCACCCCCAACGUGGUGGCCGGUCUGGUAAUCGCCGCUCCGCUGGCCUCAGUCUCGGCUGUCACGCCCCUGGCCGAGCGCGUCGCGUCGGGUGGGUCACUCGGUGGGCAAGUCCGUGGACUCGACUGGCUGGGCCAAGGAGUGUUUGAGCCCAAUCUUAAGGUCCGCAUUGACAUCACUGAUCCCACUCAAAGCGUGGCUGUCUCGGGCCAGCCGAGUGCGUCGCUGUCGUCGGCCACAGCCGUGUCUGUGCCGGCUAUCAAGCUCGAGCUGGUUGCCGGCGCGUCGGGCAAUGGUGUCAAUGUCAUGUACAACGUGGCGCCGGAGGCGCGCGCGGCCGACGCGCUGGAUGUGCAAGCCCAUGCUGGGAUUGUACGUGUGACUGGCUGUGCGCCUGGCACUGGUGGUGUGCCCGGCUCUUCCGGUGGCAUUGACGUCAUCGUGUGUGCAGUGUGUGCGGCGGGCACGUUCUCCGACGAGACCUCGCUCGCCGAGUGCGCGCCGGUCCCGACUUGUCCUUCCAACACGAUCCGGCUCGCCGCCGACGGCUCGGCUGCCAGCAAUGCGACAGACACGCCGUCUGGCGAUUGCGUGUGUGAAAAGGGCUUCUGGACGCCUGGCGGCGCGGCCAACGUGGCAUGUGCACCGUGCCCACGCGGCGGGCUUUGCCCAGGCGGCGCGGCGCAGCCCAAGGCUGCGCCCGGCUUCUUCCCAGACACGUUCGGAUCGACGCUGUUUGUGGCGUGCCCGACAGCGAGCGCGUGUGCCGGUGGCGGCUCAUGCCACCCCGGCUACCGGUCGCGGCUGUGUGCCCAGUGUGACGACGGUUACUACAAGUUUGGAUCGCGGUGUCUCGAGUGUGAGACGGCCAAGAAUGCCGUUGUGACGACGCUGCUCGUCCUUGGUGUGACACUGGUGUGCGGUGCACUGCUCGCGUUCAACCUCACCGAGGGGCUGCGGCACAAGUUUGCGGCGGCGAUGAUCGGGCUCAACGCGCUCCAGAUGAGCGCCAUCUACGGCAAGCUCGACCUCGACUGGGGCCCGAUUGUACGGGUGUACUUUGACGUAGCGAGCGCCGUCAAUCUUGACAUGGAGCUGACGAGCCCAGAGUGCUCGAUCGUGCGCGGCGCCGACGUGUGGGCUGUCAAGUGGAUUCUGACGCUUUUGCUCCCGGUCUUUGCUGCAGCUGUCGUGGGGCUUGUUGCAUGCGUAUACGCUGUGCUCAUUGCAGUGGGUGUCCGGUGGUUUGAGACCAAGAACAUGGCCAUGCUUGGCUCGGCGUUCGGGCGGACCCUGUUCCAGAUUGUGGUCCUGCUCUAUCUACCACUGACAAGUGCCGCGCUAGCGCCGUUUGGCUGCCGGCGCGACGAGAGCGGGCGGUGGCAGAUGGCGGCGGAUCCUGCGCGAAGCUGCUACAACAGUGCAUGGGCAAGUGGGCUGCUUGGCCCGGGCCUUGUUGCGGCUGGUGUGUAUGCUAUUGGCGUGCCGGCGGCUGUGAUUGUACUGCUUCGGCGCAAGCGAGCGGCGCUGGAUCCGAUCUCGUUCACGCUGCGGUUCGGGUUCCUUGUGGGGCGGUUUUCCGACAACGCGUGGUGGUUCGAGACGGCGAUCAUGGCGCGCAAGGCCGGUGUGGUCCUCUGUAUGACGCUGUUUUUCACCGAAGAGGGCAAGGCCAACGCGGCUGUGUUUGUGCUUCUUGGCUCACUGCUGCAGCUCAGUAUCCAGCAGCCGUACCGAUCACAACUGCAUAACGCACUUGCCAUCGUAGUCCUGUUGACCACGCUUUCGAUCCUCUAUGCUGGUACCUUUGACGACUACGCGCUGCGGCGAGGGAUGGCAUCGGCUGCUGUCGCCAUCAACGUCCUCGCCAUUCUGGGAGGCAACGCUGCCGAUGUGUGGCUCAUGAGUCGGGCCGAGAAGGUGGUCGAGGCCGACGAGUACUAUGUCGAUGGUGUCUUUUCCAAUGCCGCCCAAGAGAACGCCGAUGCCUACGCCUCGGUGUUUGGCCAAGACACAGACCUCGAGCUGCAGCCGAUGUCGCCUGCCUUUGAGGAAAAGGCAUGCUUUGUCGCCCACGUACUCGACUCGGUCGUCGCCCAAGACCUCGUAAGUACCGCCUCGGCCUCCGACCUCGGCACUGCUAUUCCUCCGCCACCGCCGGUCGCCACUGCCCCUAUCAUCGGCAACAGCACAGUUGUCGCGUCGGAAAGCAGCAGUACCUCAUCAUCAUCGAGCACUACGUCCAGUUCUUCCUGAGGAUAACACCGUGUGGUUUGCAUGCUGACGUCCAGCCUGGCCAGCAAC